CUUUCUUAUUCUCUUUACCCGUCCCAAGUCCCAUCGUUGAAGGACCGUUAUACGGCGCGACUAAGCUGGAGAAAGAAAAGGACACACCUUUUAAUUGCGCCAACUUCAGCACAGAACGAUUCGGUUCCGGUGUCUCCAGUUGUCCGUGUCUAGUUAGUGAAACUUCUCGUGUACCCAUUGAAAGUGGGCUAGAAUAAACUAAAUUAGCAUAAUUCAAUCUCGACCAGCAAGUGUAGUCAAGGCCAACAUAAACAAACUGUCGAGUGAGUUGGAAGUGCCACACUUUUGCACACCACCAGGAUCAAGCCUUGUGUGAACAUUCCAGUGACAGGCGAUCGUUUCAGCCUUCAAGCAUCAACAUGAAUCGUGCGCUAUUUGGAAGUCUGGUUGCCAUCUCGGCCACGGACAGCACUCGGUGUGGAGUGAGCAGUCGUGCCGGUGCCGGGGAACCGCUAGAGCCCGUCGUGGCAGCGCGACGCAACAGUUUGCCACCGGCUCCACCGAUAUUCAAACCGAUCGUACCGUCGAAGCUGAACCGAUCCGUCGGUGUCGUGAACGGAUCUCAACGCACCAUGACGAACGAUCGGCCAAUCGAACUGGCAAAGCGACCGGCCGAUGCCCGCGAGGCGCUGAAGAAGGCCAACAUUGUGUGCUUCGACGUUGACUCUACUAUUAUCACCGAGGAGGGAAUCGAUGAGCUGGCACAAUUCUGUGGAAAGGGAAGCGAAGUGGCUGCACUGACCAAAGAGGCGAUGGGUGGAAGCAUGACAUUCCAGGAGGCGCUCAAACGUCGGCUCGACAUCAUCAAACCUUCCCAACGGCAGAUUCGCGAAUUUCUCAAGACACACCCAUCAACGAUCUCAGCUGGAGUAAAGGAGCUGAUUGAGCAGCUGCGCAAAAACCGUGCGGAAAUUUUCCUCAUCAGUGGAGGCUUCGACUGCCUGAUCGAACCGGUUGCCGACGCGUUAGAAAUUCCGUUAUGCAAUCUAUACGCGAACAGGCUGUUGUUCAAUUACAACGGAAGCUACGCUGCAUUUGACACGGCGCAGGUAACUUCGCGAUCUGGCGGCAAGGGGGAGGCGAUCAAGAUGAUCAAAAGUAUGGCUGCUGGAGAAACGGUGGUGGCCAUGAUUGGGGAUGGUAUGACGGAUCUGGAAGCGUGUCCACCAGCAAACUUAUUUAUCGGAUACGGAGGAAACGCUGUCCGAGACGAGGUGCAAAAACGGGCGACGUAUUACGUGACGAACUUCGCCGAUCUGCUUUGGUGAUCUGGGGCACCAUUCCGCAAACUUCCCAUCGUUUCAGUUAUUCAUCCUUAGCUUAGUUCACAUUUCUUCAAUUUUAACUAGGAUUGUUUAUUAGUAAAUCUUAUAUAGUGUAAAUAUUUUAUUAUAUUUUCUUGCCUAAAAGAUUGCUACAUAUUUUAAGGUCUGUAGUUUAUAACUCGAUUUCAAGUCGCGAAUAUUUACUUUAUGCAAUGUGCGAAAUAUAAUGACUCAAA